AUGACGACUCCAGAGUGUCCCUCUGUGCCGCCGCCGGGGCCCCCGGAGGGCCCUGGGGCCCCCGAGGGCCCUACGGUGGCUUCCGGAUCUGGAUCUGUGGGGUUGGAUAGCUUGUCGGCCGCUUCAGCACCCGCAGCGGCAGGAGACGCGUCCACGGCAACGACCGCAACAGCCGCAGCAGCUGCUGCCGAAGGAGAAGACACGUCUCCCCUUACGGAGCGCGGAGACUGCACGCAAAGGCGCAACCGUUGGGCAGACGAAAGUGACGAUUUAGACUCCCCGGCGUUCGAUCCGAUGGCCUCGGGGGCAGCACCUCCGCCCUUCAGGCUGGGAGUCUCCGAUGAGAGCCCUAUCCCCGUCGUCAUGGAAGAUCGGGGAGUUCGGGACUUGUUGCUAACAGAGUUAGACGGCCGUACCACAGAGAAAGACAUUGCAGCCCUCUUCCACGGAGUUCGUAGAGUGCGAAUCAAGAGGGGAGACAGCAGCCGGAGAUCGGGCUUGCUUUCAGCUGAGGUGUCUUUCGUCUCGCACGAGGCAGUCUGUGCGGCUCUUGCCAUGAAUGGCCGCCCUAUUCCCAGGCGAGGAGGGGCCUCCCUUGGAGCUCCGCGAGGGGAACGCCAGAGGCCUCCCCAGAUUCUCAAGAUACAGCUGCGUCCCCCCGAUAUCCUGGACGCAUGUUUCUCGAAGUUUCGCACGGGAGGCUUGGGGGGCCCCUCCGGUGCAGCAGCAGGGUCCUCCACAGCGACGUCCUCAGAGGGCCAUCGACGAGGCGCUCCCGCCGCUCCGGGGGGGGGCGGAGGCGGAGGCGGAGGCGGAGGCAGUGGCUCCCCCUUGACAAGAGGCGGUUCGGGGGGAGGGCCUCAGGGGGCCCCCCGAGCUGCGAAUCCGGACAGUAAGUGGCGCAGAAGGGGCAAAAGCCCCGACACGUCUGCUGCGGCUACCACUGCUACCCCGGGCAGCACGAAGGAGCAGCAGCAGCAGGAGGUGUCGAACUUGAGCAGCAAUGGGGCAGUCUCUUCGGCCCCUCUGGUAGCCCCCAAAGACCUCCUGAAAGAGCAGCUGAGACCACAAGGGUUGAAAUUGAAUCCAGCGAUUUUUGGGGAAGCAAAGCCUCGCGAUGAAGCCGCAGUGCUCCAAAGACUGAAGGAGGCCCGCGGGAGUCCCCUCAAACAGGGGGCCUCGGAAGAUACCCCCGACCUCAAAGCCAUGCACCUGCACAACAUGCAUGCGCCUCCACCCCCGCCUCCCCCGCCGCAGCAACAGCCGCAGCCACAGCAGCAACCCCCGCCUCAGCAGCAGCAGCAGCCGCGAUGGAGGGUGGGUUUACAACAACAACAGCAGCAGCAGCAGCAGUAUACUGCGCCUGAGAGGCCCCGAAGGCGACAAGAUGUUCUAGGCGGUGCGAGACCUCGUGAAGAACCGCUGCUUACUACCUCCGCACAGGAGCCUGUAGCUGUUCCCCCCCCCCCGGAGGAUCUUCCCGCCAAGGCCUCUGCAGCAGCAGCGGCGGGGCCCCAUCCCCAUCCGCCGACAUCCGAGGCCUCAACAGCUGGACCGAGGACGGGGGAAGCUUCUUGGGGCCCCUUAAUAGGGCCCACUGCGCCUCAGCAGGACGCCACGACGCCUGCACGCCGGGGCUGGCGGGUUGCGCCCGAAGGAGGCAGUAGCGGGAGCACUGCGGAUGCAGUGGGGGACACGUCGAAGGGCAGCACUGCUGCUCGCAGCAGCGUAGGAGGGGGCCCCCACCCCCAGCAGCAGCAGCAGCAGCAGCAGCAGCAGCAGCAGCAGCAGCAGCAGCAGCAGCAGCGAAAGCGGGGCUCUAUUAGAGUGCGGGGUGUCUGUGCAGUGACAGCCCCUUCCGAAGUCGCAGGCGAGCAGGGCGAGCAGCAGCACGAAGAGAACGCAUGCGUUGCUCCUCCGGCUGCACCGCGAACGGGGCCUUUGGCGUCUCAGCUCUUCCCCGAUGACUCUGUCAAGCAGCUAGAGCAACAUGAGCAGCAGCAAGUGAAGAAGUCGAGGGGCCGACAGGCCUGGCAGACAAAGGCGGAGGGUGUUUCGCAGCCUCCGAGCGCGCAAGACGCGGAAACGAAGCCGCCUCUUGAGGAGGGCCCACUACUUCACUCGGGGCGAGGGGCCCCUGGGGAAGCGCAGGCUCCGCAUCCUCCAAUUAGCGGCUCGCUUGUCGCCCUGUUGCUGCUGCGGUUGGACGCCUCAGGAGGAGUCCCUUGCCGGGAGCGAGGCUCACGCUGGCAGCGAGGCUUCCCCCCACGGGAAAAACGGGAAGACGAGCACGACAAAUGUAGUCAACGACAAUGGAGGUUGUCUGGUGUCAGCUGCUUGGCAGGUGGUCGUGCUGUCGCUUAUGAUGCGAGCACUGACUGUUUUGCACGAGCGGUUGUCGGUUUUACAUCGAUCGCCGUGGAGGUAGCAGCGCAGCUGUCACUUGUCAUAUUUGAUGCAGGGGCAGAUCAUGUCAACAACCAGGGCAGCGGCAGUGCGGGGGGUGCAAAGAGGCGUGUGAACUCGGGGCCGCUCGAAGAGCGACAAAGAACCUCUUGGUCAUCGGCGAGCCGCGAAUCAACAGGAGCGUCCGCCGCUGCUGCUGCCUCGGGAGAUGCUGCAGCUUCACAGGCGCAGCAGCAGCAGCAGCAGCAGCAGCGGCAACAGCAACAACAGGGAGGAGGCAAACAGCAGCCUGCUCACUCAGCGGCUUCCCCUUCAGUAAAAACAGGGAACAGGUUCUCUGUGUUUGGCGAUCUCUCGGGGGAGUCUGACUGA